AUGGCAGCAACAUUAACCACGUGUUCACAAUGUGUUACUUAUAACGAACAGCUGAAUAGCAAAGCAAACGAAAUUAAGAGUCUGCAAGAACAUGUUCUAAAACUAGCUCAUAAGCUGCAGGAUGAAAGCAGAAGGAAGGAAGAAGUGCAGGAACGCCUGAACGACAAGCUAAUCAGGCUCAAUGAUUAUGCCAUCAAAAUUAGGAGUCUUGAGGAACAGUUGCAGUCAGCAACCGAUCGUCGUCCGAUCAAUGAACUCUCUCGCGCUGAAGUUGAUAGUAUCAUUGGUCGAGACCUAGAGCGGAUUCACUCACAACUAACCGAAAAGGAUAUGAAAAUAAUGGCAUUGAAUGAUACGAUACUUGAAAAAGAAGGGCAAAUUAUUGAACUACAAGAAAUGUGUCGUGAACAGGGAGAACUUGUACGAGCGAAAGCUAAAGCUUUCCAGAUCAUACAGCAAAAACUGCUGGAUUUUGGCACACGAACGACACGCGAAGAUUCCACAGAAACUGAAGCUGCGUAUGUUUUUGAGUCCUCAUUUACUUCACUGUCGUCAUCGCAACAACUACUGAAGGAGCAACAUCACUAUGAUUCCUUUUCGCCAGGACAUGCUGUUAUACAUUUUAAAACAGGUAGUUCAGCUUCACCUCCACCAAUUGAUCCAAGUGAGGAAUGCAGUUCAGUAACCCACGAUAACGGCAACAUACAGGACGACCUUGAUACUGACGAUAUAGGCUGUGCGUCCGCUUUGUACAAAAAGAAACACAGGAAGAAAGUGACUUUCGACUUGUCACCUCCUAAAGAAUUCAGAAGUGGUAUUGGUCAAGAAGAAAGCGAUAUUACACAAGCAUUUAUUGAUGUAACAGUUGAGAAUGACCAGUUGCGACAAACAAUCCAAGAAAUGGAGAAGUGUGCUAGUGAUUCACAGAAUGAUUUGAGUCAGCUCCAAGCACAAUUAGAUGAAAUGCGUCGGGAUAGCCGGAAUCAAGUUCUGAAAGCUCGUGCUUCUAUGCAGGGAAAAAUUCGCGAUUUGGAAGAUAAAAUUUCUACAAUAAACGCAGAAAAUGCCAAUAAGGUCGAAUAUUUGAAUGCAAGUAUCGAAACACUUCGAGCUGAUCGUGAAUGGACACUGAAAGAAAAUGCUCACCUUCUGAAACUUCUUGGUUCCUACAAACAAAAGUUGAGUGAUGCUUGGGAAACACUGGAUGCAGGACAAGAGGUAAGCAAGAAACUUCGUUCGAAGUUGAAUGAUGAUCGAGCUUUGAUUGUUCAGUUGGCUGAUGAUUUGGAAGAAGCACAGCAAACAGCGAAUAUUUUAUUAGAGCAAAAAAUAUCUGUUCUUGAUGAUGUUGAACGAUUAAAAGAAGCUUUAGAAGCUCAAGAUCAAUAUAUUGAAUUGCUGGAAAAAGAUACAAUGAUAUACGAAGAGCAUGUCGGCUUGUUAAGAGAUUCGUUGGGUGCUUCGAAAGCGGAACGAAAAGCUCUGAUAAAAUCAAAGGCUUAUGAAGCAAAACUAAAAGCGCUAGAGCAAGAAAAAGAACAAAUGAAUCGAAGAAGCAAUGGCAAGAAAUUGCACAUAAAAGCUUUAAGUCUAAAAAUCAAUUCACUGGAAGCAGAGAAGGCCCUUCUAAUAACUCGAAACGAUGAGCUCGAAUCUCGACUGAUCCAGUUAGGCCAAAAUCUUUCGAUUGCAUCCGUUAUUGCUUCAAGUGCUACUGUCACUCCUUGUACGGUAGAAUCUGUUUCAAACUUGGUCAGUUCAGGAAGUGCUUUCAAACCAGUACACACCCAAACGAUGAUGCAGAGACUAAAUAAUGGAAGGCAGUCAGCUGCGGAAGCUUUACGUUGGCCAGUGUUAGAAAAUGUCGCGGCUGCAUAUGGGCAUCAAUACAAUGAGAAUCUGGUAAAUAAUAUGCAAAUUGAAUUGGAUAUAGCUCGUGAAGAAUGCUCUUUGGUACAAGAGAAGAUUGUUAAGAUGGGUUGCAUUAAUUCUGAGUUGGAGCAUCAAUUAAUAAAUGCUAAAGAAAGUUUGGAAAAAGCUGAAAUGCGAGCUCGGCAAGCUGAGGAACAAGUUGGAGAGUUUUGUCGAAAUUGUUCGCGGCAAGAAGAAUAUCAAAAAUCAUUGCAGUCUGAAUUCUUAGUUAAAUACAGUGCCAUAGAGAGAGAAGUAAAUGAUCUUAAGGAAGAACUAGCUUUAAAAAAUGAACAGCUGAAUGGUAGGAUGAUCGAAAAUAAUAAACGAAAUGAAGAAAUGAGGCAGUGGCGAUUUGCUAUGGAUGAAAUGGAAACCGUUCAUAUGGAAAUAAAAAUGUUGGAAAAACAGUUAAAUGAUGAAAAAGCAUCAAUGGAGUCAAAGUGGGCAGAAGUACGAACAAUAUUGCUAGAACGGAAAGGAGACAUAUCGCGGAAAACUUCAGAUGCAGAAUCAGUUGCUGAUGGAGAACAAUGUUCCAUUAAUCAGCUCAAGCAAAUGAUGGAUACAAUCAAUGAUUUGAAAAAUACCGUCGAUAAACAGGCCAAACAGCUUGAACGUAAUAAGACAGAAAAACGGAAGUUCAAAGCAGUUAUUCGGCAAUUGCAAGCCGAUAAAAAAGCUCUAGUAGCAUCUUCAGCGAUGAAAAAUGAUGAAGAACAAUAUUUGGUUCACGAGGCACAAAUCAUUGGUCUACAAAAACAACUAGAUUUCAUGGAUCGUGAAAUGACUCUUCUCUUUACUUUAAACAGUUCAAAAGAUGUUUUAAUUCAGACACUAAGAGCUGAGCUUGAAGGAAUUUAUUCUACAGAGCCCAAAUUGUCAGAUUUAAGAUCUAAAAGCGAUAGAAAAGAGGAUGAUUGUAUUGAGCACUUACAAGCGCAGGUUAAAAAUACGAAUCAGGAAGAAUCUGGACGUCUAAAUUUGCUGAAAAAAAGCAAUACUGAAUUGCAAAGGCUACAGGUGCAUACACAACAACUACAAGUGGGAUAUGAUCGAUUUCAGUUACAGCUUCAGUUAUCUCCAGAACGAAAUUUAGAUGCCAUGUCUUCAAAUAAAGGCACUUAUCAGCGUGCUCAACUGCAACAAGCGCAACAACAGAUGGAAUUUAAUAACAGUGAAGCGGUAGAUUUAUCGAUGGCUGCAAAAUUGGCUCAUGGUGAAGCUAACAAAGAUAUAGAGAUGAGAACACAAAUGGAAAGAUUGACUGAAGCUGUGCAGCAGAAAGAUACCGAACUACAAAAAAUGUUGAACGAGAACGAAGCACUAAAAAUAAAAUGCAUUGAAUCGACGGCAGCGUUGGAUUUACUGAGUAGUAAAUUGGAACGUCGAAGUCAAGAGAAAGAUGCCAUUAUCGAAAUGCUACAGUCGCAACAUACUUAUUUAACUCAAACCAUAUUACUCAAUCAAAAAAGUGAAGAACAGUUAACGACUCCGCUAACACUAUCACAAAGCAUAAAAACAGAUACUGAACCAAAAUGUAUUGUGCAGGAUGCAUCCACGAUUAUGGAAGAAGCUGAAAGUCGUCCUUUUCUAUUUAUGCAACAUCGCGAAACACAAACAAGAGGUGAUUUUCAUUUUUCUGAAACUCCAGAAACAAGCCACAAGUCAACUUCAAGGUGCAUCGAAAAAUCAGACCAAAUACGCGAUAACUUGACAGAUGAUAUCAGACAGUUAAUGAUUCUGAAUGCGGAACUAGAAACUGCUGUUGAAGUUCUCAAAGGUGAAAUCUGGGCCCUUAAUGAACAACUAAAAAGGUCAUUAAUUGAUCGAGAAGACUUGUCGGAGAAAUUGUGCAAGCUUUCACAACGCCAUGAGGAAGAAAUUGAGCGCGCUCGUGAACGGGAACGUGACUUGGAGGAGCAAAAGGAUUUGGCUGAAAGAAGCCAACGACAAGCUGCUUUGGCCGAAAAUGAAAGUAAUCGUCGUUUGGUUGAAUGGCAGGAAAAGAGCGCACAAAUGGAAAACAGUCGCAUAGAGCUUGAAAAUGCGUAUGCGAAGCUAUCGGAAUACUAUCAGCAAUUGCAACAAGCUUACAAUGCUUUGUAUGCCCGAUCAAAUGCAUGUAAGGUUGACAGCAAUACACAGACAGCAAUGGAUAGCAAUACUUUCAAAAUUAGCGAGAAAUUUGCUGAGACGAUCGAAUAUUGGAAAAGCGAACUUACACAGCGCGAAGCAGAAUUGAAAGGACAGGCAGUACAAUUGAAGCAUGUUCAAGAUUUACUUCGGAAUCAUCUUCAUAUAAUUCUGAAGAAUGUCAGAGAUUUGCGAGAAAUGAGUUUGAAAUUGACAAAGAACAUUAUUAUGGAGAGUGUACAGACAGUCCGAGCUCAACUACACGAAGCUUUGAAAGAAGUUCUUUCAUAUGUUGAGGAAGUUAUCGUCAAAUUGUGUAAAGAGAAAGAAUUAAAAGAUGCCGAAAUCACUGUAGCAAUGCAGCAUCUUAUGAAUGACACACUAACAGAAAACAUCUUACAAACACGAAAUUCGUCGUUGUCAAUGGUUUUUGACGCUAUCAACAAGAAAUUUACAGAGAUGAAAUCUGAAAACACAACUUUGGGAAAUGAUUUAUGGAAUGAAAGGAGUGAUAAAGAAGCUUUGGAAAUGAAAGCACAGCAGAGUAUUUCGGAAAAAGACGUGUUGGAAUCAAAAAUUAAACAGUUGGAAGAUCUGCUUCAAAUAACACAGUUUUCAUUAGCCGAACACGUCAUCAAAUGUCAACAGCUUCAAGCUGAACUUGAUGUGCUUGGCUCAGCAACGAGCAGUCCAACAGCAGUAAAAUGUGGUAGUAGUAGUAGUGAUCCAUGGAACUGUUCCACACCAUGUACGAUUUGUCGUGAGCUGAGGCAAACCGAACAAUCAGCUCCAACACCGCAACUACAGUUAGCCAUUUUAGCGGCUCGCUUGACAACCAAAAUAGCCGAUAAUGAUGCUUUAUUCCGGUGCAAUGCUGAACUCACCCAAACAAACUUGAGACUGCAGAAUGAGGUGAGCGAGUUGAAAGAGCAGAUGACUAAGCACAUCACAUCUUCCAGCAACACUCUUAUCUCAGCUAUCAGCCAGCAAUCACUACUUCAACAACAGUAUAUCCCAAAACAGUUUUCGAAUCAAUCAUCGGAACAGAAAGUGAUGCAUAGAGAAGAAAAGGAAUGGAAAUGGGAAGCAGAAGAUCUUGGUGCAGAGUUAGUCAGUAAUUCGGGAUACCAAGUUACUCCCUACAAACCUUUAUUGAAUCAACAGAUUACUAAAUUAACGAUGACGAAUGAAAUCCAAGUACUAGGUCUGACAGAGCUAACAUCCCAAGAAGAAGAUAAAGAAAGUUUGAAAAAGGAGUUCAAUGUAACACGCGAGUACAGCGUAGAAGUUGAAGAGAGAAAUAAAGCUGGAAGAUUGGGUAAUUGUUCAGAAAUUACCGAGGAUUAUUGUUUGGAAUAUGAAAAUAAAAUGGAGCAGCUUAAGGACUGUGGAAUAGAGACAGAACAGCACGGAGAUGCCAGACAUCAGCAGAAAUUGGAAGUAAGUGGAACUACUACUAUUGACGAAUUAUUGUCACUGAAAAGCUACAAUGUUCAGUUAGCGGGGUUUGUGAAAAAUGAAGAACAGGAACUGGAAGAACUGGGGAAAGGAUUACAGGGUACAGGAACGCGGUUAGGAAGUGAAGGAAUACAAUGCGAAUUGUUUUGGGCAGGGUUCACUGAGGGAUUAGAGGAGCAGAAAGAGGUUGCGAAGGGAAAAUUGAAAGAGAAUGAACAUGAAGCAAAGGAGAAGGAUUGGAUUUCGGGUGGCACGCCGGAACAACAAUUUCAAACUUUGCUCUUUAAGCAGGAUAUCCUUCCGGAUGGUGUUGUUGAGGGAAAUAGAAUACAGAAAUUAGAACAACAUCAAGAAAGGGAAAUUGAGAUGCAAGAACUUGAGAACAGGUCUCUGAACCUGCAGUUGAGAUCACAACAACAAGUGAUUGAAGAGUUAGGGAAGAAGCUCAAUGUGGCACAAGAAUAUAACGUGGUACUGGAAGAGAAAACUUUAAGUAUGGAACAAAAAAUCAUUGAUCUGAAGAAAAUGUGCGAAGAACUGUUGGUCGAGAAAGGCAGGUUAGCAGAAGAAGUGAAAAAUGAAAUAAAAACAAAGUUGCACAAAGAAAUUACCCUACUUAAAAAGGAGAAUGAAAGUCUGGUUGUAGAGUUAGCCAAAAAGCGAGCUUCCCAUAAUGAAGAGAAAAGAAGCAUGAAAGCUGAAUUAGCAAAUCGCGAAAUUAUCUUGAAAGAGUUGAAAACAGAAAUGGAACAUACACAGGGAGAAAGUGUUGAUAUGCAACGACAACUAGACAGUUAUAAUGCGCAAAUGGAAAAUGAAUCUAAUCAGGACCUACAUCAACAGUUAGUCGAAGCACAGAGAAAAGUAGUGGAACUGGAGAGCAGACUGAAUGAAGUGGUGGAGCAGAACAGAUUAUUGAAAAAUAGUGAACAAAAACUAAUGGAUGCUCUUAUGGUUUCCAACAAAUCUGGACCUAAUCUGCAGACUUCGUUAUUAAAAACGGCGAAAAUAAUCAAAAAUAGGGGUCGUGUGGGGAAACCAAUGAUGCAUGAUGGGAAUACAGUGGUCGAAGUGCACGGUAAGGUUGGAACAAGUUCGACAACGAUGCAACUACUUGAUAAUCCUGUGAUCACCGAUGAUUACUGUCCGGUGCAAAAGAAGCCUUUCGAACCAGCAUUACAAAGGACGACUCACUAUUUCCACGAAAUGAAUGUUGAUAAGUUGCGGCGGCGAAAAGGUGGUGGAUUUCAGGGUGCUGAGAAGACAUAA